UCGGACAGGUUGAUCGAUUCGCCAAACUGACAGUUCACACCGGACUCAACAGUGGCUCCGAUAUACGCAGUCUGGUAAAGUUGCACACUUUUCGGUAACCUGCAACAUUCUGUUGCUUUUUGUAAUUUAAUUUCAUAUCAAACGUACAUAACUUUACGGGUGAGACGUUUGUAGGCUGCAAAAAAUCAUUUCCCGUUCCGCACGAAUACCAACGCUGGUGGGGUUUGUUUUGUUCACCGAGCUGCACCGUGCAAAAGUGAGGUUAGGGAUAUCGCUCUCCCGUGCGAAGUGCGUAGUGUUCGUCGGCUCGGGCCGCGCGUGGUGUUUACAAUUUUCGUGUGUCUCGUGAACUGUCAAACGACCACCAGCCGAAGCGGAGCUUGAUUGGCGGUGGUUGGUGGCUUGGUUGCAACGGUCCGAGCCCGUGCUUUUCUUUUUCUGUUGGUAAUGUUAGCACGCACGGGUGUAUCGUCGUAGUAGCAGCAGCAGUAGUUUGAGCUUAAAACACACACACACACAACCACGUACACACACACACUCACCACACGAUGGCCGCACUGGAUCAGGCCGAAGUGUUGAGUGGCAACGACCUGUCCCGCAUUCUUCAGCUAUGGGACGAAAAACACAGCGUCGCGGGCUACGAUCCGGAACCGAUCGUGACCCGGCUCGCCGAACUGUUCGAGGCGGAAAUAGUGGCGUACAAGAUGAAGGAUCCGGACCCGUUCGAUGAGCGGCAUCCGUCGCGCACCGACCCAAACUGUGAGCUGGGCCGUAUGUUGAAGCUGCUGUUCCGGAGAGAUCAGUUCAUUACCCGGCUGGUGAACGAUUACCUGCGUGACAAUUUCUACAUGCGCCAGAACAUCCACCAAAGCUCGCACGCACUGAAUGUGGCCGCCUGCCGGCUCAUAUUGGUCAUUAUGCCCGGCCUGGACACCUCAGCCGUCUUUCAGGUGGAGUACGAUCAUCUGAUCAAGCGGCUGUACGGGUGGGCCGAGAACAGUGCCGAACCGCUGCAAAGCUACGCGACCGGUUUGCUCGGUGCGGCCAUGGAGGAGCAGGAGAUAGCGGUAAGCUUCCGCGAGCAAAACAUUCGCCUGCUGCCCAUCAUGCUCGCUCGGUUGCACAGUUUGCAGCAGCAGGCUCUCGGCCAGCGGCCGCCGGUGGUGACACAGCCAGAACCUUCGACGUCCAGAUUACGAAGCAUGCCGGAGAUACCGCCGCUUUCGCCACAGGAACCGAACGGCGAUGAGCAGUUGACGGACGGCACGAUGAUGAUGGAUGACGCAGACGGGCAAACAGCUGCCAGCAACGAGAGGCCGGCACAGGAGGAGGACGCAAUGGAAGUGGGGGGCGGUGGCGGUGGUGAAGCGGAACCGAGCGCGCGAACACCGACGACGGCGGGUACGAUUAUGAUUCCGUACUAUCCGGUAACGCUCGCCACCAGCCAGAUGCUGAUUCUAAACUAUCUCACACCGAUGGGCGAGUACCAGGAGUUUUUGCCGCAUGUGUUCGAGCAUAACGCGAUGCAGCUCAUCUUCCGCUACAUCGAACAUCUCGACCCGAAGGACACGUGUCUCGCGUUCGAAGCGCUCAAGUAUCUCGCGUCGCUGCUGUGCCACAAAAAGUUUUCGCUCGAGUUCAUCGCGAACGGUGGUUUGGAGCGGUUGCUUAAGAUUCCACGGCCGAGCCUGGCCGCGACCGGUGUGUCGAUCGCGUUCUACUAUCUCGCGUACUGUGAGGACGCGAUGGAACGCAUCUGCCAGAUGCCGCGCGAAAUCAUUACUGAGAUGGUGUCGUACGCGCUGUGGUUGCUCGGAUGUUCGCACGAUUCGGGCCGUUGCCAUGCGACGAUGUUCUUCGGGUUGAGCUGCCAGUUCAAGAUCAUACUGGACGAGUUCGACAAUCAGGACGGCAUCAGGCAGCUGUACAAUGUGAUCGCUGUGUUGCCGGUGCUGGUCGUGUCGGACGACUACCAGAUGAACGAGGACGAGGAAGCAUCGGAACGGCAGGUCAUACGGCAUGUGUGCGUUGCGCUGAAGAAAUACUUCGAGAACCAUCUGUACUACAAGUACAUCCAGGUGACGCGGCAACAGGAACCACAGUCGGCCGGUACGCUGACGCAGCCGGUGUUUAAGGCGGUAAAAAAUUCGCCCGAAGUGAUCAGCCAGCAGAUAACGACGCUGCAGGAGCUGUUACCGAUGAAGGCGCACUGGGCCCCGGUGGACGAGCUGCUGAAGCUGGGCGGUGUCACGCUUCUGUUGCGCAUCAUUCUACUGACCUUCGAUUGGACGUACAGUGGACGCGGUGACACGGUACGGUACGCGCUGGACGCACUGAGCGUUUGCACCGUAAUAUCGCGCGUGCAUAGCGUGUUUGUCGAACCACUGCACCAUCACGACGGCAUACUGACCGGCAUCAGCAUACUGCUCAGUGCGGUCGACGGUGACGUUGCCGAUGCGGAGGUCCAGAAAUCGGCCCUAGCGCUGCUGGUACAUCUGGUCUGUGCCCCGGUACAUCGGCCGAGCGGUUCGCUGGCGCGGUACGGUUCGGCGAAGAAGCGUAUGCCAAACAAAAGCUCCGAGGAGCUUAUACAGAAGGUGUGGGAAAGUGUGCGGUCGAACAAUGGUAUACUGGUGCUGUUGGCGCUGAUGCGCAUCAAGGUACCGAUCACGGAUGCGGACUGUAUCCGGGGCAUGGCGUGCCGUGCGUUGGCGGGACUGGCACGGUCGGAAACGGUGCGCCAGAUCGUCGGAAAGCUGCCCCUGUUCGUGCACGGUGAACUGCAGAGUUUGAUGCGUGAUCCGAUUCUGCAGGAAAAGCGAGUGGAGCAUGUGCAGUUUCAAAAGUACGCACUGGAGCUGAUGGAACGCGUGUCGGGCAAGGUCGAUUCGUUCGGUAGUCAGGUGGACACAUCCCUGUCCGACAUCCACAAGGCGAAUGUGGUCGCCCAAACGCGCAUCCAGUUCAACGAGCAGCAGGUGUACCAGCUCAUCUAUCAGCACUUGGUAGCGAACGGGUUAAAGGACACGGCCGCCACACUGGUGAAAGAGUCCGGCCUUAGCUCGACAAUGUUCCAACAGCUGCCCCACCAUCACCAUUCGCUGCAAAACCCAUCGUCUUCCAUAUCGCGAUCGGCCGCUGCCCUGCACUCACCGUUCGUCUUCCGUUCGCCGAACACCAACAUCAUCCAGCGAUCGCGCAUCCGGAGCCGUACGGUGGACGCGUCGUUUAACGCGUCAACGGCCCAGGCGAAUCUGCAGGCAGCACUAGCCGCGGCAAGCAUCGAAAGUACCAACAACGGUUCGGCGGCGGCCACAGCUACCGUUCCUACCGGUGGUGGCGUUAAUGGGUUUGGAGCUGCCACCCCGGAGGGAUCGUUUGAUGGAAUGGCGGGAGGUGGCGGUAGCAGCAGUCCGACAAUCGAUCCUGGCGAACCGCUCGCACCGAUUAAACUAAUCAAAAAACAAACCAGCACGAGCGGUAGCGCUAGUACCGGCACACAAAACGGACACCAUCCGACGGCGAGUAGAGUGGCCGCCACACCGGCCGAUAUGAACCGCUCGACCACGUCUAGUACAUCCCAGCGUUCGCUGCAGAAGCAGAUAUCGGCGACGGAUGCGUCAAACUUUCUGCUGCUAGCAACUACCACCGCCAAAACGACGUUACCGACCGAGCUGGUUCCGCCUGCCCCAAACAACAUAACGCUCAAUUCGAUCAUCACCGAGUAUCUGACGAAUCAGCACGCGCUCUGCAAGCACCCGAUGUCUACCUGUCCACCGUUCGAUCUGUUCAAGCCGCACAAGUGUCCCGAUCCGCGGCCUAAUCGGGUGUCGGGCGUUGGGAACAAUUUUGCCGCCCGGUUUUACCGCCGACAGGCGGGUUUCGCCUCCAGACGGUUCGAUCGGCGGUUGGUGCAUUCUAACUUUUCCGCCUCACGUGUCCUCCGGACGGCCGAGGUGGAUUAUUGUUUUACGUCCUGUGAUUUUACGCCGUGUGGAACGAGACUGCUCGUCGGAUCGCUGUCGGGUGAGGUGAAAAUUUUCAACCUAAACGACACGAACGAAGAGCACAGCUUCAGCUGCCACGAAACGACCGUUUCCUCGAUCAAAUGCAGCAAGGACGGUAAGUUCCUGAUCACGUCCGCCAUUUGGCGAUACCCCAUAUCGGCCCUGUGGAGCCUGGACGGAAACCAAAUACUGGAAAAGCUCGUGUGGGACGACGAAGACUACGUAGAGUUUGCCAACCUAACACCGGAACGAGUGUUGGCCACGACAAACCAGAUCGCCUCCAUCUACGACAUUACCACGGGCCAGAAGGUGAUGAAGUUCGAGCCGGCCAUCGCAAAUCACUACACGAAAAACCGUGCCACCUUCUGCCCGAACGACGAGCUCAUCCUGUCCGACGGUGUCCUGUGGGACGUCACGUCCGGUAAGGAGAUACACAAGUUCGACAAGCUGAACCAAAACAUUUCCGGCGUGUUUCACCCGAACGGGCUGGAAAUAGUGGAAAACACGGAGGUGUGGGAUUUGCGUACCUUCCAUCUGUUGCGCACGGUACCGUCGUUGGAUCAGACGCACGUGAAAUUUUCCUCCCAAAGCGUGAUGUACGGCAUUACGCUGGACAAGGAAGAUUCGGAGGUGGCGGAGGUCGCCGCGUACCAGACCAGCUUCAAGGUGUUGGAUAGCUACGACUAUUCGAGCAUUGCCACGAUCGACGUGAAGCGCAACAUCUCCGACCUGGCCGUCAACCGGUACGGCAGCCAGAUUGCGGUCGUCGAGAAUCAGGGUGGGUACAACUCGCUGCAGGAGUCGGUGGUGCGCAUCUACAGUGUCGGGCGCAAGCGAAACAUUGGCGACGAUCAGGACGAGGACGAGGAGGAGUUGGAAAACUCGGAGGAAAAUACCCUGUCGGAGACGGAGUCUGUUGGUUCCUCUGCGUCCAACACCGACGAAGACGGAGAAGACGACGACGAUAACGACGAUGACGACGAGGACGGCGAUGGUGAUAACAAUAACGAUGGGGGCGAUGGUGACGAUGAAGAUGAUGAUCCCGAUGCUGGCGGUGGUGAUGAUUCCGACGACUCAUCCUGGACGACGGCAUCGGAUGUAGAGGAUUAUUUGUUUAGCUACCGCUGAGCAGCACACACACACACACCGUCAGCCUGAGUCCUGUCUGAAAAAGGCAGCCGGAGGCAGUUGAUGCCAGGUCGAUCCUAUGCUGUAUCCGGUAGCGCUUAAGGUUCCGGAUAGGUUCGUGAUACAGACACCGAUCAGUCGUCAGCAAGACAGCGUCCACGCAGCUAUACCGAGACUGUGUGCAUUUGUGCUUUGCUAGUGUUGAGUUCCCGCUGUACAGACGUGUUUUAGUUAAGGCUUUGUAAAAAGAAAGAGAAAUGUUACUUUAGCAAUGCGCGCAUGAGGAGUAAGAAGAAGAAAGUGCGAAAAACAAAAAAAAGGGCUUACAAUGUUCUACUCCUUGGAUGAAGCUUCCUGGUAAAAAAAGUGAAGGAUACGAUACCCUUGAGAACUUCUAUACUCCCCCCCCCCCACCCCCUAUCCAUAUGCGUUUGCGUCCGAUUAGAUAGGUGUGAAUCUGUUCGUUCUGUAGGUUGGAGUGUUGAAAUUAUUUAUUCGCUUGCACUUGGGGCAUCCGGCAAACGGGGGAGAACUAUUUUGUGGAUUGUUGUGUGCCCGUUUUGUAAUCCCCUUUUUGUAGUUACAAAAAUAAUUCACACAUCCAGUGGAAAUUCUGUGCGUGUGUAACCCUUUCGGAAAAGGAGCAUCUUCUUAUCGACCGAUAGCGGAAACGAUCAAUCAUCCGUUGUGCGCCGUACGUAUUCAGUAGUCUGUUUAAAGAUCGUGUUUACAGAAACACUUCUUGGUAUGUGGCAUCAAGGUUCCGAUCAAUGGGGUCAGCCAAUGGAAAAAGGCCACGGCAAGUAAACUGGAGCUCGCAAAAAGUACCAACCGUAGUGUAUUUUUGAUAAACACUGGUAGCAAUUUUAAUGUAAUAAAUAAGGCGGAGAAAGAAAAUGAAACGUCACAAAUCA